CUGGUGAGUACCACGCAGAGGCCUUCGAGGAAGACAGCAGGGAUAUUAGCUGACAAUGCGUGCCUAGAUUGUAACCUGGAUCGCUUGUAUAUGUGUCUGUCUCUUCAACAGUGCCAUGCCCCAUCUCAAUAUGGUGGGGAUAUUCAUGAUACUGGCAGGACUUUUCAUCACCAUUGUCGUGGUUGCUGCAAUGCCUGGUACAGGUGGACGUCCAUCACACGCGUCAUCAAGCUUCGUGUGGAGUGAGUGGACAGCAGAUAUUGGAUAUCCCAACGGGUUCGUUUUCGUUGCUGGUAUGCUGAACGGCGCAUAUUCCGUGGGGACUCCGGAUGCAGUCAGUCACAUCGCCGAAGAGGUACCCAACCCGGGUAGAAAUGUACCUAUCGCCAUCGCAGCUCAGAUGGUCGUCGGCUUUCUCACGGGUUUGCUGUACAUCAUUGCGAUAAUGUAUGCCAUCAACGACUACAACGCUUUGUUCGAAUCAGCAUUCCCCAUCGCUGAAAUAUACCUACAAGCGACUGGAUCUUCGAGUGGUGCUAUCGGGCUGCUUUGUUUGCUGUUGUUCUGUGUCGGCCUCUGUCUGGUGGGAGUGUACAUCACCGCGGGACGCACCCUGUGGGCACUGGCCCGAGAUCAAGCAACCCCAUUCCCCAAAUAUCUGGGCAAAGUCUCCCCGAAGCUGGGCAUGCCUUUUGUUGCGACCAUUACCUGUGGAUGUCUCGUGACCGUUUUGGGCUGCAUCUAUGAAGGAAGUACCACCGCAUUCAACGCCUUUGUCGGGAGCUUUGUUCUGAUGAGCAGCGCAUCGUAUAUCGCAGCGAUAUUGCCACAUCUUUUGACACGCCGUAGAAACAUUCAUUUUGGGCCUUUCCAAUUAGGAAAGCUCGGGAUGGUCUUCAACUUCAUCGCCUGUGGAUAUAUGAUUGUUUGGUUUGUCAUAUAUUGCUUCCCAUUCGCUCUUCCAACCGAUGCGGGAACAAUGAACUAUGCCUGUGUCAUCUGGGGAGGACUUACGGUUUUUGUGACAAUCUGGUGGUUCAUUGGCCAAAGCCGUUACGAGGGCCCUAAGACCAGCGGAGGGAUCAAUGCGGAUAUUGAGAACGUCAGAAGGGCCAGUGUAGCGAAGCGAGCCAGUGUGUAGGCUAUACAACGGAUACGGAGCGGCUGUCGUGCCAGCCUGAUAGCAUGGAGUACAAAGACCAACAUCUGAAAAGAACGAGACAGCAUCAAAGAGUCACUCCCGCAUGGCAUCGCAGGCAGGCAUCGAAGGCAGGCAUCGAUACUUCAGCGAGCAAUUUCAAGUAGAUUGGCAUGAGGAUAAAGAACCGUAAAGUUGUUUUGGAAUCGAACUUAUCGUGGCCUGUGUCUCAAGGCGGGAAAAGCGUUCUUGUGUUAGAA